AUGCUGGAUGUUUUACACGAUAAGGUUUACGAUGUCAGCUCCUUCCUCAGUGAACAUCCUGGAGGUUUUCAAGUGAUCGCUGAACUCGCUGGAAAGGAUGCCACUGCUGCCUUCGAAGACAUCGGACAUUCAAAAGAUGCCAAGGAUAUGGCCAAAGAAUAUCUCAUAGGAAAUGUGAAACCCAACACCUCAACAUCAACAAAGUCCCAUGACUCGAAGGAGGUAGGAUGUUCAGUAUCCUGUGCUCUUAAGAAUGUAAAGGACGUGAUUCUAUCCCCAACUUGGUCUAAUUUCCUCAUUCCAACCACCAUUGGAAUAAUCAUAUUUGUCCUUUACAAAGGAGCUGUUAAGAUGUUUGAGUAA